UCAACCUUCACUCGUUCCAUCCUCACACGAUGCGCAUAGACUAGACCGCCGUGCUCUCCUGCUCGAGCAGUCAAGCCCUCUCCACUCUACUGACGACAUCGACACAGCAUGGAUGGCAUCCUCACCGCCCACGCCGCGCUGGAGAAGUCGGGCAAUCUCUCCAAGGCCAUCGCCGACGUUCAACUCCUCAUCCAACACCUGCAAAAGGCCCGCGAUGCCGUCGCGGAAACGCCGGAGCUCACGGCGAUGCACAUGGCCAAGCUGAAGCAGCCCGUCAAGGCAUCGUUCGACCAGAUCGAGGAGGACUUGAAGGAGGUGAACAAAGGGCUGAACCAUUAUCAGAAGGCGGUCAAGGACAAGUUCAAGGCGGCACAACUGCCAGCUGCAGGCGCGGAUGGAGGGGUGCUGGGCAAGGAGGCGGGACUGGUGAACCGCGCCAUUGCCAUGCAUUUGUUGCGCGAGGGCAAGUUUGAUGUGGCCCACACGUUUGUGAGGGAAGUCAAUGAGCGCGCACCUGCGGGGACCGGCGAUGAGGGGAAAGAGAGCAAGGGAGAAGAGCGAUGGCGGGAAGAUUUUAAUCUCCCCUCGGACUUCGCCAUGGAUGAGGGCGAUGGCGCGCGACUGCCGGGUGGACAGCUGCAGAGCAAGUUCUCCGAGAUGUACCACGUCCUCAACUCCCUCAACAACCAGCACGAUCUCGGCCCGGCAAUCGCAUGGGCAAGGGUGAACAGCAACGAGCUCGAGAGGCGCGGGUCGAAUCUGGAGUUCGAGCUGGCGCAGCUCAAGUUCAUCGAACUCUACACCUCAUGCGAAGACCCCUACCACCCCUUUGCCGGCCCGUUGCAGGCGCUGCAAUACGCACGAGACACCUUUCCGGCGUUCAGCUCGAGAUAUUGCAAGCAGACGUCCAACCUGUUGGGCUCUCUGGCCUUCUCUACCGCGCUCGAUCAAAGUCCGUACACGUCAUUCUUCCACGACGAAAGCACCUACACCAACGUCGCAGCCACCUUUACCCGAGAAUUCUGCGGCAUGCUGGGACUGUCGGAAGCCUCGCCCCUCUACACCGCAGUUACGGCAGGCGGCAUCUCUCUGCCCAUCCUGGAGAAGGUGGAGCGCGUGAUGGCACAGUCAAGAGGACAGUGGACAUCAGUCAACGAACUGCCGGUGGAAACACCACUACCGCCCGGCAUGCAGUACCACAGCAUCUUUGUGUGUCCGGUCAGCAAGGAGCAGGGCACCGAUGCCAAUCCUCCGAUGAUGCUGCCGUGCGGACACGUGAUUGCGAAGGAGAGUCUGGAGAUGCACGCGCGAGGCAAGUCGCGGAUGAAGUGUCCAUAUUGUCCCAACGAGAGCCAUCCAAGGGAAGCGAAGCGGGUGUAUAUUUGAUGCCAGUAUCUACUUCGACCACGAAUGUUACGAUGAUCUGUCCCAAUCUGUUUCACUAACCCUGCAAGAGAAAUGUACAUUUGAUGCUCAUGACGUCUUGCCGUUUCGGCGAAUCAGCGCGUGGGGAUUAUCGAUUACGCUGCCUGACGUGCAUGACGUGAGGCUGGAGGGGCACGUUUGUUCAAUGCA